AUGUCUUCAGAGCCAGGGUCAGAUGCCAGCACCAACAGGAGAGGCCUAAAGAAGCCGUGUUCAUUCAGCAUCGAGGACAUACUCUCCAGCCCGGCAGAGAAGAGCCCCCAGGUCCUGGUCCCACUGUGCCUCCAGAGCAUCUUGGACUGCGAGCCCAAGGGGUUGUACACUCGAUUCCCAUGGCCCAUGCGGCUCUUCCACUCGGCAGUCAGGGUCUGUAAGAGUCCUCAGGGGAACCCGGCUGAGCUGCAGACUUGCCACCAGAUCCAGCGCCGGACGCGCCGGCACCGCACCAUAUUCACUGAGGAGCAACUGCAGGCCCUGGAGUCACUUUUCCAUCAGAACCAGUACCCGGAUGUCAUCACCCGCGAGCACCUGGCAAACCGCAUUCACCUGAAGGAGGAGAGGGUAGAGGUUUGGUUUAAAAACCGUCGGGCCAAGUGGCGGCAUCAGAAGAGGGCAUCCGCCUCAGCACUGAUCCUUCAAGGCACCAAGAAGUCCCCCGAGGAGAGCUGUUAG